GUCCCCCGCAUCUGCUGUAACAAUACUCGUUCAACCAUGCCUGGAUGGCUUCAAACAGUUCUCGAAGGUCCUUUUGCCGAUGAAUCAUCGAAGAAUGGACCUGCCGUCGAAGAAACUGCCCAUAACCUUGCUGAAGACUUCCCAGUCAGCGACCGUCGUAACUCUCGUAACGAUGACUGCACAACUGCGGCAAGUUUGGAUCGCAGGCAAGUGACAGGUACACCCAGUCUGAGUCUGGGUAUGGGUUCAGAUUGCCAGAAACUUAGGUACAUGGCCUCGGAAGCGUAUAGGCUCUGCCCAGCCAACAAAAUCCUGCGCCAGAUAUUUCUGAUGUGGCCUCUUUUAGACGAAGCCAUUCAACUCGUCAAAGAGGGUAUCACGGCCCCAGCCACGUACCUCGAAAUCACCAAGUUUCUGCUCGACCGCGGCUUAUGUCUUGACAGCAGGAUCAAGAUACCGUUUAUUAUAGAGCCAUGCGAUUGGUUUCCUUUGAGGGACCAUCAGAUGGCUAUCGUCGUCAUUAUGCAUCCUAGCCCUACGAAUCCAACAAUCGAGUGUCGGUACCCCUUUACGGCCUCCAGUCAAUCGUCAGCUGAUCAGGCUGGCGACUUCCAUUUCGUUCGACCGGGUGGUGCAUUCCGAAUGGACCCGGCAACGACCAAGGUACUUGUUCUGGUGCAUCGGGUCGGGCAAGCUGCAGAGGUUCAGUGAACCCAUACAGGCCCCAUAAAUCGUCUGCUGGCGGCGAUGUAUCAGGGAUCUCGUCGACUGGGAAAUCUGUGUCAUGCCCCAGGUUGUGGGUUACCAAGCCAGGAAAAACACUUUGACCGUAACUUAGCAAUGCGUCGCCUGAAAGCUUCAAAUGUGGUUGCAAAAAAGCACUUAGACGAUACGUCUCAUCCAUAUCAAGCGAAGUCUCGGGUGCUCUGUCAGCUGAAGGGGAUCCUUUCGGCCACGUUCCGGACUGGGCUCCUCGGAUACUUUUGGGAGGGUGGGCGGAUUUCGAGUGAUUGACGAUAGGAUAAACACUUUGAUCUUGUAGUUCUGUUGGAGCAAAUUGUGACUGCCGAAGUUCAGAGAGCUGGACGAUCAUAGUUGGACCGUUUGUU